CUUCCAAAAACCUGAAAAGCAACUCUCCUCACCUCACCUCACCUCUGAGAACACCCUACACUGCCGUUCCUCCUCCCGCCCCUGAUUCUCGACCACCGCUCGUCAGAAGCAGCCGCUCGCCCCAUUCUUUUCGGCUGCUUCUUCAGUCGCCGUUCCUCUCCAUUGGUCCGGUAUAUAUCUCUGCUUUUUCCUGGUUUGUCAAUUUGGGGGGAAAAAGAUGAGUAAUUGAUAACUAGAUUAUACAUCCUAUGUAUAUUAAAAGAGCACCGUUUAGGGUUUAGGGUAUAAUAGCCUUUCAUAUGAACUACAAAUGCAUUAGCAACACCUGAGUCGCACACCGCCGAGCUACCUUGCCUGAGUCGCACAACCACUCUCUCAAGUUGCAAGGUUCAUGGUUUCGGUUUUCUUGUUUGUGCACAUCAUCAACUGCACUCUUUAAAGGUUGCACUUGAAUCUUUUGUAUUGUGGUCUUUAGAGAGCCUUCUUGCAGACUUUGCAAGCUAGCAAGUUGGUGCAAAAGGCUCUAAAAAGGUUGCUUACACUUUUCAUCUAAAUCUCAGAAUGUGGUGUACUCAUUGUCAAAAGGACUGCCCUACUACUGAGGAGACUGGCAGAAUAUGUUGUGACUUUUGUGGAAGAGUUAUCUCAGAUGCUUUCUUUACUGAGGAACCUAGUUUUGUUAAAGGUCCUGGAGGAGAGAGCCACUUGUCUGGUAACUUUGUUAAAUCCAUUGCAAGUUCCGUCUCGGAUUCCUUUAGAAGGACUUUGGACAGGGGAAAAGAUGAAAUAAGGCAUAUAGUUUUGCUCUUGAAUAUGGAUGAAGCUAUGGUUGGUCCAUCUUUCUCACUUUAUAAGAUGGCAGUUGAACGCAAUUUCACAAGAGGUCGUAGGACAACACAAGUUGCAGCUGCUUGUAUUUAUAUUGCAUGUCGAACUUCGAACCCACCAAAACCGUAUCUACUUAUUGACUUUUCAGAAGCUUUGAGUAUAAAUGUGUAUGUUGUCGGAGCUACCUUUUUGCAGCUUUGUCAACUGUUAAGCCUUGGAGAGCAUAACAUUAUUAAGAGACCCAUUGAUCCUACCCUUUUUAUUCCUCGUUUUACAGAAAAGUUACUAGCUGGAAAAGAUGUUGAGGUUUCUAGAACUGCAAUGCGCAUCAUAGCUAGCAUGAAGCGAGACUGGAUGCAGACAGGCAGAAAACCAAGCGGGUUAUGUGGUGCAGCAUUAUACAUCUCUGCUCUUGCACAUGGGCAUAAUUUAACAAAAUUAGAUGUGGUAAAAAUAGUACAUAUUUGUGAAGUAACAUUGCGAAAGCGAUUGAUUGAGUUCGAGAACACAGAUUCAGGGAGCUUAACUAUUGAAGAGUUGAACAAUAAUGCCAUGGAGCUCAAAAACUCCAACCUGUCAUCUAAUGGUCCCCAAAAGUCUGGGGAAUUGCUUUGUCAGCAUAAAGAUAGUAACGAAGCUCCACCUCCUUUUGCUCAUGGGCUAUGCGAGAGUUGUUUCAGAGAUUUCAUGGAAAUUUCUGGCGGACUUAGUGGGGGAUCAGAUCCUCCUGCCUUCCAGCUUGCUGAAAGAACGAGAGUUGCCAAUGCAGCUGCUAAAUCAGAUGAUUCAGAAGUUGAUCUCCAGCAUGGGGAUAAAACAACUGAGCAUGCAGAUAAAACAAACAAGAAUGUUGAAUCUUUCUCUGAAUGUGACCAAAACUCGAACGAUAAAGAAAAAUUGGGAACCGCAGAGUCUGACACUGUUGUUGGAGAUGGAACGUCAAAUGACACUUCUGAUAAGGCCUCUAAGUUUACUUCUACAAGUAAUCUUACUAGUGAUGAAUCAGAUGGUCUUUCCGAUAUCGAUGAUGUAGAGGUAAAUGGAUACCUUAACAAUGAGGAGGAGACACGGUACAAGACGGCCAUCUGGGAAGACUUGUACAGAGAACAUUUGGAGGAACAGGCAGCAAAGCUAAAUAAUGGGGAUGGCGACAAGGGUUCAAAGCCGAAAAAGGAGAGGCGCCAGAAACAAGAUUCUAAUGCCAAUCCUCAAACUGCUGCAGAAGCAGCACGCCAAAUGUUAAGUAAAAAGCGAUUACUUUCAAAAGUCAACCUCGAUAUGUUGGAGAAGGUCUUCGACGAAGUGACCCCUGCAAAUAAAGCUCCCAAAUUAUCAAAUGACGACGACUCUUAUGGGCACAGCCCUAACGAUAAAGAACACAAGUCAGACAUUGAGGACAAUAAUGAUGAAGUAGGUUCAGAUGAUGAAAAUAUCGAAAAAGGAUACGAUAACGGGAUCAAUGAUUGGAACAUGGAAGAAGAUGGUUACGAGUUUGGCUAUGAAGAUGAUGAGUUUUGAAUAUUUUGAGCCCCUUUCCCAACUAGCCAACUAUUACCUUGGUGAUGACAACGUUUUCUAUAUUCUUGUAGUUUUAGUAAUUGUAGAGGAAAAGAAAUUUUUAUAUUCAUCCUCCUUUGUUCUUGUAAAAAGAAAGGUUAAUAAAGUUGAGAAUAGGUUAUUUAUUAUAUAUUAAUGGCAUUACAAGUUAUUUGGUAAAAGAAGAGUAAGGAGAAUUAGUUUAUUUUAGAAUUAUAUUUGGAUAGAGACAUUGUUAUUGUAAAAUUAGUGAUUUAAAGCUCAUUAAACAAGUCCAUUUGAUAUUUUAUUUUUCUAA